AUGGGUUUGAGUCCAUUUUCCAAAAUAAUUUUCUUAGUAAUAUUCUUGUUAGUGUGCAUUGUAACCAAUGCUCUACCCCGAACCAAGGUUUUUGAUGUGACCAAAUAUGGUGCAAUUGCAAAUGGAAAGACUGAUAACUCUAAGGCAAUUUUGAAAGCAUGGAAGGACUCGUGUAAAUGGCAUGGAAGAAGCAGAGUGUUGAUCCCAUUAGGGUCAUACUUCUUGAGUUCAUUGGACCUUAUUGGUCCAUGCAAUGGUCCAGUGGAGUUUUUUAUCAAAGGGGUGUUAAAGGCUCCCACAAAACCAGCACAAUUCCUUAACACUAACCAUUGGAUUAACUUCCAAUACAUGGAGAAUUUGACAAUCACAGGUGGUGGGACUUUGGAUGGCCAAGGUGCAUCAGGUUGGCCAUAUAACAAUUGCGGCAAGGGACAGUGUCCCGGCCUCCCUGCUUCAUUGACUCUCAACUUCAUCAAGAAUUCAGAGAUCAGUCACAUAAACUCACUCAACAGCAAGAAUGUGCAUCUCAACAUUUUCGCAUGUCAUGGGUUAAACAUAAGUCACGUAGGAAUUUCAGCUCCCGGAGACAGUCCCAACACCGAUGGAAUCCAUUUCGGUGUCUCAACCCACAUCAGGAUUUCAGUGAUGGACAUUGCCACUGGAGAUGAUUGCAUAUCUUUGAGUUCUGGAAACAGUAACAUCCACAUCUCAAAGAGUUUUUGUGGUCCUGGACAUGGAAUUAGCGUCGGAAGCUUAGGAGGGUCCGACGAAGAAGAACGUGUGACUGGAUUAACAGUCACUAAUUGCACUUUUAGGAGUACCCUUACCGGCGUGAGGAUCAAAACUUGGGGUGCAAAACCUAAUGAUGCUGGUGGUGUUGCUUCAGACUUCCAAUUUGAUGACAUUGUUGUGAACAAUGUUUCCAACCCCAUCCUCAUUGAUCAACAGUAUUGUCCAUACCCUCCAUGUAGUCAGUUAUUUAAUUUUUUUUUUUUUUGGUUGGUUUAUUCACAGAAACCGUCACAGAUUCAGAUAACCAAUGUUACAUUCAGUAAUAUUCAGGGCACUUCUGCAUCAAGAGAAGCAGUAAAACUGGUGUGUAGUGGAAGCAAGCCAUGCCAGAACAUUGUGCUUGAGAAUAUCGACUUAAAAUACCUUGGUCAUGAAGGUCCUGCUAUUUCUACAUGUUCUCAUGUCAAUGUCAUCUCUCACGGCCAAGUCAUACCUCCUCCUUGCAGAUAG